AUGGAUUUUCAAGGACUUUUCUGGUUUUUAUUCUAUUUCUGUGUGUCAUUUCAUGUGGCGCAAAAUACAAUGCUUGGCCACUUGAGUAAUCCACUUGAUAAUCAACACAAGAAUACGCCGAAAAUAAUCAAUGGCACUGAGGCGAAAUGGGAGGGGACGCGACAUCAGGUGUCGGUACGUUUGGCCGCAAGUGAUUGGUUCUUUGGCGCUGGUCACAUAUGCGGCGGUUCACUUAUCGCACCCAGAACCGUACUCACGGCCGGUCAUUGCAUAUGGAGUGCCGGCGCAAAACGUUUUCGCAAUGCCAGCGCUUACUCUGUGGUAAUGGGAAAUUUGAAUCGUUAUCAGCGUGAUGCAAAUACUUUGAUUUUUGGUGUGACUAAGAUUUCUGUGCAUCGCAACUUCAAUGCGUCCACAUACGAAGCUGACGUGGCACUGUUGCAUUUGAACGCUAGCGUACCGACAGAUUUCAAACGCGCCUACUCAAUACCACUAAACGACGAGCGAAAUAUAACUGCUGGCAGCAUCUGUCAAGUGUCCGGUUGGGGUAGAACCGAAGAUGGUGGUUUUGCACCGCAAUUGAUGGUGGUUGAUGUGGCCAUUGUGAAUAGAAGUCAGUGCGCUAUUAAUUACGGUGAAUUCAUACAAGACGGCAUGAUUUGUGCAGGUUACAUGGCUGGUGGACGCGAUGCUUGUGUUGGCGAUUCUGGCGGCCCAUUGGCAUGCGAUGGCAAGCUGGUGGGUGUAGUGUCGUUUGGUGUGGGCUGUGCGCAACCCGGCUAUCCUGGCGUGUAUGCUGAUGUGGCCAGCUACGCAGAGUGGAUACACAAUGAAACGAAGUUAGUGGAUGAUGUCGAAGGUCACGGUGAUGAUGGUGUCUACGGUGAUGCUGGUUUGGGUGAUGAUGGCAAUGCUGGUUCUUUGCCGAUUAGCUACGGCGGUGUUGUUGGGACGGCAGAACCAAGCGAUCACCAAGUCUCUUAUGAACACAAUGGCCGCAUUAUCAAUGGCACCUUGGCACAAUUCAAUGCCACGCAACAUCAGGUCUCAAUACGAUCAAAGCGCAAUGAUGGUUACUUUUUUGGCACAGGUCAUCUUUGUGGUGGUUCGUUGAUUAGAUCCGACGUAGUGCUUACGGCAGCGCAUUGUUUUGUCAAUUAUGAUAUCAACAAUGGCACGUUCCGUCCAGAAACGGAUUUCAUUGUGGUUAUGGGCAAUUUGGAUCGCUACGAGCGCAACAACUAUACACUUGUUUUUGAAGUGAAGGAAAUCAUUUUAAAUAUCAGCGUUUUUAAUUUAACCACCUAUGAGUCCGACAUUGCGUUGGUGUUCCUGAAUGAUUCAGUACCAGCGAACUACACUAGAGCUCAGACAAUUGACAUAACUACUCGACCAGUGGCUACGGGCACUGUUUGUCAGGUGACUGGUUGGGGUCAAACUGAAGAUGGUUACUUGUCCGACUAUUUGAUGACGGUGGAUGUGCCCAUCAUAGACUUCAAUGUUUGUGCGAACAAUAUGAGUUUCGGCGCGGGUUUGAUUCGUGAAGGUAUGUUAUGCGCUGGCUAUUCGGAGGGCGAGCGGGAUGCCUGCGGUGGUGAUUCUGGUGGUCCACUUGUUUGUAAUCGAGAAUUGGCUGGCAUUGUGUCGUGGGGUAUUGGUUGUGCUGAACCGCUACUACCAGGCGUUUACACAAAUGUUUCCUACUGGUCGAAUUGGAUAGAGUCACGUCUUAAUGGUGCACCAAGCUCCAGCCAAAUUUCGGGUCUUAUCGUGUUUCUAACUGUAUUUGGGCAUUUAUUUAUGAAUAGAUAA